UCGUUCAUCACCCUCAACAAUAAACUUUACUGUUUGUUAGCGCCGGUCAAAUAAUUUGCGUUUUUGCUUCAAACUGGUCCAAAACUAAAUCAUAGUUAGUUCAGUUUCUCCGAAUAAAAAAAUCAUUAAUGUCCACAACAGUAAAAUCACACUCAAAUUGGCAAUGGGAGACCGCAACUGCCGGCGCCGUAGCAGGCUUCGCUACCGUUGCCGCCACUCAUCCGCUCGACGUCGUCCGUACUAGGUUUCAAGUUAAUGAUGGCCGAGUCUCGAAUUUUCAUACUUACAAAAAUACUGGUCAAGCCAUUUUCUCUAUUGCUCGUUUUGAGGGUCUUAAAGGACUUUAUGCAGGAUUCCUUCCUUCGGUUCUUGGUUCGACAAUUUCUUGGGGUUUAUACUUUUUCUUCUAUGGCAGAGCCAAACAAAGGUACUCUAAGCAUAGGGAAGAGAUGUUGAGUCCUGGUCUCCAUCUUGCAUCUGCUGCAGAAGCUGGAGCUUUAGUUUGUUUAUGUACAAAUCCUAUUUGGCUUGUAAAGACAAGGAUGCAGCUUCAGACUCCUCUGCAUCAAAUUCAACCAUAUUCCGGGCUUUAUGAUGCAUUGAAAACUAUAAUGAGACAGGAAGGAUGGAGAGCACUUUAUAAAGGAUUUGUUCCCGGUCUUUUACUGCAGGUUUCUCACGGUGGUAUUCAGUUCACAGCAUAUGAGGAAUUUCGUAAAGUUAUCGUUGACUAUAAAUGUAAAGAUAGAAAAAGCAACCCUAGAAGUUCCGACUCUGAUAUAUUGAAUUCAGUUGAUUUUGCGGUUCUUGGGGGUUCAUCUAAAGUUAUUGCCAUUAUUUUGACAUACCCAUUUCAGGUUAUUCGAGCUCGGUUGCAGCAACGACCUAGUGUGGAUGGAGUUCCCAAAUAUAUGGAUAGCUGGCAUGUUGUGAAGGAAACUGCAAGGUUUGAAGGGUUUCGAGGUUUCUACAAGGGCAUCGUGCCAAGUCUUCUGAAAAAUGUUCCUGCUGCUUCAAUAACAUUUAUCGUUUAUGAGAAUGUUCUGAAGUUGCUAAAAUUAACAAGAAGAUGUGAUUAGCUUUGUGCUGUUGUCAUUAUUGUUUUAAAUUAUAUUUUUUGCUGGUGCUAACAAGAAGUUAAUUUGCAUGGGUCAGAGACAAUUGGUUUACAUUUUCUGCCAUCAUUUUUUUGUUUUUGACACUGAAUGGUGAUACUCUAGUUGGUGCCUCAUCGGAGAAGUAAAUAGUUCAUAGCUUAUCCAUUUAAGGAAUAAGGAGGGUUCACGAGCUGUGUUCUUUAUACCGCGUUACCAUAAAGUAGACACUGGAAUAUGAUACUGAAUAAUUUUAUCUCUCAUAAAUCACUUCAAGAGGUCUCCGUAGAAGCAUCAGAAAUCGAAUAGAUCUGCCAGUAUAAAUCUCAAAGGCUUCCAUCAUGUCAGAGAUUAAGAAAAACAGUAGAAAGGCGCAACUUCAGAGAAAAACUUGUUUCUUUAUUGAAUUGGCGGUCUUUCAUGAGUAACAACCAACAUUAUAUGGGCUGCUUACGAUGUAGAAAGCUCCGAAAUACCUGCAUACACCAAAAAAGGAGGUCAAAAAGAACACCAGAGAGGAUCUCUAGACGUUCGCUCCGACGCUCGAGUCAGCUUUUUUAAUAGGAGUAAGAAGAGAGAAAAGAAAGAAGUAAUAUUGAGCUAAUAGAAAGAAGUAUCUUAGGGUUUUUCCAUGUGAGUUAUAUAGACUGUUCCUUUCCCAUGUUUAGUAGGUCCCGUGUUAUAUCUCGGAAUCUAGAUGCGAACGUUGGAGAGUAAGUCAUGUUGUCAUAGCGGUGAUGCUAAGUACAAGUAAUUCAUAACUCGAUAUUUGUAUCUCGAUCAUCAUGAAUCUCUGUAAGUUGUAUGUGUUUGUAUCUCAUCCAAUGGUAUCCCGGUUAUCGAUCUA